AGAACGAAGUUUGUUGUCACUCGAGGAGGCCCCCAUCGGUGGUCUUCAAAAGUAGUCCAGUUCGUUUUCGCAUUUUUAUUUUAUCUUAAAACUUCCGUUCCAACUUGCAACGAGAAGUGGCCUAUCGUGCGUUUGUGUGGAAUAUCGUCUAUUCAAGUGACUCGUUCGAUGUGAAGUGUGUCUAGUGUAUGGUUUGUUGCAAAAACUUUUUUUUUUUUUUUAGCCUAUCUCUAAAGAGAUUUUGGUAGCCUUAAGGUAAAGGCAGCAACUUAGCCUCCUUUUUUUGAAGUCUCGCCGAGUGGCCCGAUCAAGCCCCGUUUGGAAGGCAGUUCUCGCUGGUUACCCAUCCUACGUCCAUCAUGCCGGGCAAAAAGAAGAAAUUCAACUCGAGGUUCCCUCCAGCAAGAAUCAAGAAAAUAAUGCAAACGGAUGAAGAAGUAGGCAAAGUUGCUGCGGCUGUACCUGUUAUUAUUUCGCGUGGUUUAGAAUUGUUCGUGGAGUCACUGUUAAGCAGAGCUGGAGAGAUCACCACAGCACGUCAUGCCCGAACCCUUACCCCUGCCCAUUUGAAACAGUGCAUCAUGGCAGAUAAACGAUUUGACUUUUUGCAAGAACUGGUCGCUUCUGUUUCUGAUAUUGGUGCUGAUGGUGAAUCAGAUGCUGGUCCUCCAACACCAUCUACUCCUUUGACCCCAGUGAUAAAUUUACCUCCACCGGGUGUAGGACUUCACCCUUCAAAUACUUCUCUAGCUCAUCCUUUGUUACAUGUUAACAAUCAUCCAAUAAGUCCUACAAUUACAGGUGAUGCUAGAGUAGAGCUUAAAUCUCCCCAAGGUCGUGGCAGAGGUAGAGGGCGAGGGCGUGGCAGAGGUCGAGGUAGAGGUUUGGGUCAAGGCACUGACUCUGUAACUGUUUCACUCAGUAGAGGUCCACCUAGACCUAGAGAAUGUGAUAAAUUGAAUGAGGAUGAAUGGAAGGCGCUUUCUUCUUACUUAAGGAAGCUUGAAAAAGACAGGGUUAGGAAAGCUUCAUCUAGGAGUUCUAGUAGGUCUCGUGCUAGCGAGUUUGAAGUAGAUAACCCUGUUUUAGAAGUAGCACCUUUACCAGUUUCAGCCCCUGCUCCCUGCAUCAAACCCGAAGAUGCGCCUUCGGAGGUGGACACUAUGAGAGCCACUAUUCGCAGCAGGGAGAUGAAGAUUAGAGCUUUAGAAGGUAAGAGUGAUAGUGCCAGUGAUAUGUGCAGUGAUCGCAGUGCAGUGGAGGGUGCAUAA